GGUACUAAGAGAUCAGUCUGAUCGAACAUGCAAACACGUGCUGGCUGCUUGGUUGGCAAGUCUUGAGUCAGAUAAAAUAAUUGAAAAACAGAUAACUCGGGAGCAAUUUAAAAGUUUGUUACUGUACCAAGUUUUGGAGAGACAGUAAAAUGAUGUCAACACUAGAUAAUUAUAAAUUCGUUGCCAAAUUGGGAAACCUCAAGACACUAGUCCAGUUAUUGCGAUCAAUUAAUUUUAAGGAGUGGGCUACCUGUUGCUGUUCAGAAAAUGGUGUAAAAGUAACCGUCGAAGACAGCAAAUGUCUCCAAGGGAUCGCUUACAUUCCGAAGAUAAUAUUCCAGGACUACAAUCUCACUGAAGACGUGAUAUUUAAAAUAAAUCUCACUGUUCUAGUUGAGUGUCUUGGGAUGUUUUGGAGCAGCAUUUCAGCUCAAGGAGUCUCUGUUAUGCUCCAGCUCAUGUACAAAGAUGUGGGUCAUCCGGUAUCUGUGUUAAUUGAAGAAGAUGGCAUUCUAACAGACUGUUCGCUAAAAACUCUCGAGCCAGAUGAUCUUAUAGACUUCAAUAUAGAGCCGAGCAACGUUCUCAAUAAAGUUAUUUUGAACACCGAAAUAUUACGUGACAUCUGGAGUGAAUUGGAUCCCACAACUGAUGUAGUGGCGCUGCUACUUUCUCCAGAUGCUCCGUAUUUUAGGAUAAGCACCAGCGGUAUUGCAGGUGAAUGCCACAUCGAAAUACCCCACGACACUGAUUCCAUUGAAAAUUUUCAAUGCAAAGCAGAGGCCACUUUCUGCUAUCAAUACUCGUCAAUAAAACCAGCAAUGAAAGCACUCAGUUGCGCAAAUAAAGUAUCAAUAAAAACUGAUAACAGAGGGCUAUUGGUAUUUCAAUUCAUGAUUAAAACUGAUGAUGGUCAUUUGAGUUACAUCGAGUACUAUCUGUCGCCUGUUUUUGAUGCUGAUGAAUAGGCACGAGAUUUUUGCCUUAUUUUUUAAAUGAGUAGUUCAAAUUUUUGAUAUUGCGGGAAAAAUAUCGGUCUUGUUAAAAAAGUUUUCGAACAAAAGUUGUAGGAAAUUUAAUUUUCUAAAAAAAAUGUCUCUUAUGAUUUUUUUAUACGAUAAAUAUUUUCACCGUAAUUUAAAAAUUAAGAUUUAUAAUGAAUGAUUCAAAAUUUGAUUAAUUAUGAAAAUCUUAAUUUUGAAAUUACGGCUUUCUUAUUAGUCCUACAAAAAAAUUAUAAAAGACAUUUUUUUUAGAAAAUUAAAUUUCCUACAACUUUUGUUUGAAAACUUUUGUCAUAAGACCAAUAUUUUCCCCGUAAUGUAAAAAAUUUCACACCGCUAAUUAUUAAUUAUUUUAAAAUUAACGCAAAAAUCCUGGCCCUACUGAUGAAUGAAAAACAUCAAGAGUUUGUUUAGUUUUUUUAGGAGCAAUAAAAUAAAAAUAAGACAAAUUAUUUAUCAAGAUCUUAAUGUAUUCAGACUAGAAGAUACUGUACAUUAAUUGGA